GUUAGUGAAUGGCCUGACUUGAAGCGCAAAGCACGUCGUUUGAAUCGAGCAGAGCAUAGAUAUCGCGCUUAAUUUUUCAAUUCGAAUUACGAACUGUUCCAUGCUUGACAACUGUCAUAAUAUUUUUUAAUAUUGAUAAAUUAGGGCUGUGGUCAAAAAAUUAAGUGUUAUUAAUUAUAGUGAAGUGAUUUUUAUUUUGAAAGUGAAAGUAUUUUAAUUAGAUCGAUACAAGACAUAAGUACGUAUUUGUUACAAUGGUCUAAACAUUAUGCAAGUGUAUUGAGUAUUAUUACCAGGGCAUCAUGAGUCACUAGGACUGUCAUCAUCACGAUGCUGCUCCCCACGCAAUGGAUCGCCAAGCUCAACGAUGGAGGCAUCCUCAACCAAUUCUUUAUGGCCCUCAUGGUGACCAUCCCGGUGCUGAACUUCGGCAUGCUGCUCGGAUGGCAGUCCCCCAUGACCCCGCUCCUGCAGUCCCCCGACGGGCCAGCCCCGGAGCCCAUAUCUGACGAGAUCAUAUCAUGGAUGGCGUCGCUGACUUUCUUCGCGCCAAUAUUCUGCGGGUUCCUUAUGGGGAAACUCGUCGACAGGGUCGGGAGGAAGAUGGUGACCAUGCUGACUUCGGUGAUCCUUUUGAUAAGCUGGUCCAUCACCCUGUUCUCACUUCGACCCUGGGCUCUCAUCAUGUCGCGUGCAAUCGCUGGCUUUGCAUGUGCCAGCUGCUAUAUCGUCACUCCGCUUUAUUUGAAAGAGAUAGCAUCAGACAAUGUUCGCGGCGCACUGGGCUCUCUUUUUAUCCUCUCCCAGAACCUCGGCUACCUACUGGUGUACCUCGCUGGUGACCUCCUCUCGUUUCCAGUAGUGAUGUGGAUCUGCACCGCGGUGCCCGUGUUACAUCUGCUCGCUUUCCUGGCAAUGCCUGACACUCCUGUGUUCCUGGUCAAGCAGGGGAAGAAUCAGGAAGCACGAGAAGCCUUAGCCUGGCUCCGGAACACCACAACCGACGACAAGACGCUAGAGGAGAUCGUCCAGCAGUUAGAGAGAGAGGAAGAAUACGCCAGGUCUACCAAGACUGCUAGCUUUACAUGUAUAGUAAAAGACAAGACAACAUUCCAAGCGUUCCGAAUCGCCCUCAACGUGAUGCUCUCGCAGGAGACGUGCGGCUACCUGGUGGUCCUCAGCUACGCUGGCUCCAUCUUCGAGCAAGCCUCGGAGUCUAUCAACUUGAGACUGAGCCCUAAUAAACAGACUAUUGUCGUCGGCGCCAUACAAUUACUAGGCUCCAUAGUGGCCAGCUGUAUCGUGGAGAAGACUGGAAGGAAAUGGUUACUGGCCGGCACUUCGUUCGCGACGGGACUCUCCAUGCUGUUUCUGGGUGCCUGGUUCUACGUGACGUCACUAUCUGUAUGGCUACCAGCGUGGCUGCCCGUCAUGUCCAUGUGCCUCUGUAUAUUCAGUGAUGCAGCUGGGUAUCAACCGGUACCUUAUGUUAUCACUUCUGAGCUGUUCACCUUCCAAUACCGAGGCAUCGCAACAUCAAUCAUAACUACAGCGACGGCCUUCAGUGACUUCAUGCAAACCAAGCUAUACGAUCCACUGCUCAAACUCCUGGGAAUCCACUGGGUUUUCAUCAUCUUCUCCAUCGUCUGCUUCCUCGGCUGCUUUUACACCAUCAUGUGGGUGCCAGAGACUAAAAACCGUACCGUAGAAGAAAUAUACGCCCUUUUAGAAGACGGCAGAAAAAAACAAAAGAGCAGAGAUCCAGAAAUGGCUAAGGAAGUCAGUAGACUAUGAAUAGAACCCUGUCGCUCUUAGCCUUUGCUCAAUAUUUAUUGUAAAAGCUAUACGGUUAACCUAUGAGGUUAUUUUGACAUGGUUAUGAAUCUGACGAUGACUUAUUUAUAUUGUGAUAAAGUCUGAUAAUUGUACAAGUGAUGAAAGUGCCUUAUCAUUCCGGUAUGUGAUAUAAAUGACGAAUUUACAAAAGAAAUAGUAACUUUAUUAUUUAAAUAAGUAUUAAUUAGACAAAGUAUAUAUUUAAGGACUGUAAA